AGUAUAAAAAUAUCUUAUCAAAUUCCAAAGUGCAUCUCCAUCCACCUCUUUUAACUCUAUUUCAUUUUGAAAUGUUUCUCGAAGGGAAUUGGUGAACAUAGCUGCAAAGUACUCGCAAUUAGCACUUAGCACUAAUCUAUGGGCUGGGAUACGUCGUGUGCCUGCAAUAAGGACCACAUCAGUCAACUGUUGUUUGUACAAAUACUCCUCCAUAAUACGUAGACAAUGCUCAGAGUGCUUUGGAGUUUUAAAACUUUCAUCUUGAGCACUGUUUGUGCUGAUGCUGGCCAGGCUAAGUUUGCUUUCAUCUGCACCGUUUGUGCUAAUGCUGGCUAUGCUAUGUUUGCUGGACGAAUUUUCACUCGAAGAAUAGAAUUUCUCCGUUUUCUUCAUUUUGAUUAUGUUUAUUUGUAGAUUUGUUUAAGAAUCUACAAACUUAUACGAUGCAAGUUCUUUGUUCAUUAAUAUUUUAAACAAGAAACAAGUCGCAAAAAUAAAAACAUCGCUGUUCUCUAUUCCCAUUGUUUGACUUCUUUCCACGUAAAUAUACGCGAAUACAGCUGAUGUAGCUAAUUAUAUAUAUAGGUAUAUGGACCAUAUACCUAUGCACGGUGUUUUAUACAAUGUUGCCAGAUUUAUGGCAACACUGUAUGCGCGCGCAAGUAUAACUUUUCAAAACAUUAUCACCAUAAGUAUCUGCAGUGUGUUUGUAAGAUCGCACGACAUGAGAUGAAUAAAGGGAAUUAAGGGCAUUUUAUAUCAUAGAAUCAUGUUGAAAUCCGUAACAAUGUUUUCUUCUAAAUACCGCAAGAUUGUCUCAUUUCCUACACAAUGCAGACAUAUGGCCACAGUGAAAAGGUUUUAUCGGAAAACAGGUAUACUUUCAAAUGGUGAUAAAUAUGAAAUUACUUUGGAUCAAAAGAGAUUAAAAACUCCACUUGGCAAAGUUUUCGAAGUUAAAAGUAAACCACUAGCAUUAGCUAUUGCUCAUGAAUGGGACAGUCAAAAAGAUGUAAUAAACAGAAAUCUCAUGCAUUUAACUGCUCUUUGUAGCACAGUAAUCGAUAAUCCCAAUAAACUCACUAAACAAGACAUUGCAAGCUAUAUUGUUAAUUUUUUGGAAACUGAUACAUUACUUUUUCAGUCAAAUGGAAAUGAGCAGGAAUCAGACGAAUUGUAUAAAUUACAAGAGCAAAAAUGGGAUCCUCUCAUACAAUGGUUUUGUGAUCGAUAUCAAGUUGAUAUUGUUAAGACAAGAAGUAUAGAGCCUCCCAAAGUACCACAAAAUACAAAAGAUAUAAUAACAAAGCAGUUAUUAUCUCACAAUGAUGAGGCAGGUUUUGGUUUUAUAUAUGGAGUAGACUCUGUGAAAUCUGUCAUAUUAACUUUUGCUGCAGCAGAAAGAGUGAUUACUGUUGAAGAAGCUGUUGCACUCUCUAGAUUGGAGGAAGAGUUUCAGAUUUCUCACUGGGGAAAUGUUGAGUGGUCACACGAUCUUUCAAAGUAUGAUUUACAAUCACGCCUAGCAGCUGCAAUCCUGUUCAUUCAUCUAAACUCAAAUUUUAUAAACAGUCAACCAAAAGUCAAGGCAACAAACUCUACGUGAAGGUACAUUGAUGCAGAGUCCCCCGUUCUGGCAUGGAGACGCGAGGCACUCGUUGACAUCUUCCUCGCAGUACCUGCCGGUCCAGCCUUCGGAGCAUCGACAGGUGAAGGUCAGGCCUGGUCCAUCGACACACUCUCCGUAAUUCCUGCACAUCGUGUUGUUGCACACCGAGGCGUCGAUCUCGCAGAACUCGCCUGCAAACUUUCGACUUUAGACACGACAUCCGAUUGCAGAGAGAUUACAUGCUAUAGUGAAGAAGCAAACUAUGUUUGAGCUCUAUAAGUAGGAAAGAAAUAGUAAGGCAUUCUACCCGAGAAUCCUUCGAGGCAUUGACAAGUAAAUCCAUUAUAAUCUAAGCAAGUCCCGUUGUUUAGACAUGGAUGGUUCAUGCACUCGCUGUACUUCUGUUCGCAAUUCAAGCCUAAAGUAGUGUACACACAAUAUACUUUUGUAAUCGUACUGUCGACGUCAGAGCUUAUUGUAAUAUAUGUAAAUGUUUGAGAGCAAAUUGAGAGAUCA